UGUCGUGGAUGGUCGUGGAUCAUCGUGAACGUUGUGUCAGGGCCGUGCUUUUCAGCCAUGCCUUGCCUAACUGUAAAAAAGGUUACGUUUAAAUGAUUCGUUUAAAUAUUAGCCCUUGAAAAAGCCUAGAACGAAACGUUGCAAUGUAACAUCUCGCAGACGAGAUUAAACAUGAAUCUCAUUUGCUUUAAUGAAAUGGAGUUGGGGUGUCUAUGUAAAAGUAAAUUAUUAUUCGAUCAAAUAUGUCGGUCGUAUUAAAAAAAAUUCAAUGGUGAAUAGAUGUGGCAAAAAAGUAACAUUUUCGACACGCACAAAUUUUUUACAAUGUCACUUGACAUUCUACAAGAAAAAAAUGCACAUACAAUAAACGGCAAGGGCAAUAUGUCGGUAGUGUCACAGCCUACUACUAGAGGUGGGCUUAGAGUUUACAAGAUAGUUGUCUUGGGUGAUGGUGGUGUUGGAAAAUCAGCUGUAACUCUGCAAUUCGUAAGUCAUAGUUUCCUCGAAUGUCACGAUCCAACAAUAGAGGAUUCGUACCAACAACAGGCUGUAAUAGAUGGAGAAGCAGCACUUUUAGAUAUUUUAGAUACUGCUGGACAGGUAGAAUUUACGGCAAUGCGUGAUCAGUAUAUGAGGUGUGGCGAAGGAUUCAUGAUAUGUUAUUCUGUAACAGAUAGACAUAGUUUUCAAGAAGCUUUAGAAUAUCGUAAAUCAAUAUCACGUGUACGGCCUAACGAGCAUAUUCCACUUGUAUUGGUUGGUAAUAAAUUUGAUUUACAGCAUCAGCGAGAGGUAUCAACAGAAGAAGGUAAAGCGCUCGCAGAACAAUUAGGCUGUCCAUUUUAUGAAACAUCUGCUGCACUCCGACAAUUUAUAGAUGAUGCUUUUUAUUCAUUAGUACGACAGAUACGUGCAAAAGAAAGAUCGCGUAAUUCAGUUCGCAAACAUAGUCGUUGGUGGCGUCUUCGUUCAAUUUUUGCUUUUAUAUAUAGAAGAAAACGAAGACAUCAUCAUCACCAUCAUUACUCUCCAUAAUAAUAAUCAAUUUCAAAGGAAUUUAUUAGAUACUCUACAUUAGUGAGAGAUAUAGAAAGAGAAGCAACUACUUUUGGGCUAAAAUACAACGAAGAAAGAUUUUAAUGAUUUUUAUAUUUUUAGAGUACUUUCCUAGGGAUUAAUAAUUUACUAACAUCACACUGCCUUAUCAUCAAAUCUACAUCAUAGGUAAUUUUGAAAUGAGAAAGUGGAUCAUAUAUUGAGGUGGCAUGCCUAUAUACUAGAUUUGUGUUACAUUGGUCCAAACUGUUGUAACAUGCCCCCAUAGAACAAUGUUGAACAUAGAAUUUAAUAAAAGAUUCACUUUCGCUAUAAGUAAAAAGUAUCAGGUAUUACAGCAAUACAUUCUACAUGACAUUAUUCUGUACAUGUAGCACAUUGUUCUUAAAUAUUACUCAUCUCGAAGGCUGUUGAUAAAUAUAUAAGCUCUUAUUAUUUAUAAGAGCUGGUUAUAUAAAAAAACAAGGAAGUAAAUACCUAAUAUGCAUUUCCAGAAGGGCAUACUUUUUAUUUUUAUUUUUUUUUUUUUUUUUAUAUUUUUUUUUCCUUUGAUAAAAAAAUACUGCAGAUGAAAAAGAUUUAGUAAUUACACUUAACAUGUUUAUCUAACCAAAGAAAUAAAUAUUAUUGAUAUAUUGCAGAAUCCAUAAAUGGGAAACCUAAAAUUUUAUAGCAUAUAAAUACAUGAAUAUGAAACGUUAAAUGAAAAUUUUAUAAAAUAAAUAUUUAAUAUAUUGUUUGACUUUUAUGAAAAAUGUAAAAAUUCUAUUUAUCUUCCUUUAAAUGAAGGCCUAUAUGAGAAGGCAACAUAAAUAUUGAGAAUAAUUUUUUAUACUAAAUUUAAUACAAAUUAUACUAGGUAUUAUAUAACGAUCAGAAUUGUGUAUAAAAUUAACAUUUAAAAAAUUAUAAUUUAGAUAAUAUAAAAGUCGCACAAAAAAGUACGGACUUUUGGAAGGGGCAGUCUUCAAUCAGAACACAUAUUUACAUUAGUAUAUGUAACAUUUAGUAAUCCAAAGACCCAUAAUAUGUAAAUAUGUAACAGUUGUAGACUAUCCCUUAAUUUACUAGUUGGCUUGUGGUAUAUAUGAAUAUUUAAAAGAAAUGUCUUUAAUAUUAAAGACAUUUCUAUCAUGUUACCACAUAAGAAAAAAAAAAAAAUGAAUUUAUAGAAUAAAUAUCUAGUCGUUACUUAAUAAUGUCCUAGUCAAAAAAAUUCUACAUUUUGUUAUAUGGAUAUCAAUAUAGUGUUAAAUAAUGCAGCUUGAAUAUUAUUUAUGUACAAUGUGUAGUAUAUUAAAAUAAAAUCGUCCUUAUAAUGCGUUUUAUAAUACGCACAAUGUACUCAUAAGCAAUAUAAUUAUAUGUGAAUCAUAAUGUUCUUUAAUUAAAUGUAAAUUGAAAUUUAAGUAAUUUAUUAAUUAGUUAUAUGAUAAAGAAGAAAAUAAUAUAUUAUUUUUAACAAAAAACCAACAAAUAGAUUGGCAGCAUUAACAAUUACUAUCACUAUAUAUUGUUUGCUAAUAUAUAAUUUAUAACAUGACACUUGUACAUUAAAGCUUAUAUCAUGCUAUGUAUUACCAUACUUAAACAUAAUUGAUUUAUUGAUUUGUCGUAUUAAUAAAUUUUUUGUUAUUUCUAGAUAAUUAUAUUUCUUCAGAAGUGUAUAGAAAAAUGAAUAUUAAGAGAAAAUACAAUUGUAUCAUUAUAACAUUGAUUUUUUUAUUCCAUAAUUUUACAUGAAAGCAGAUAUAGGUGAAUUAUUUUCUUGAGAAUAAUAAGUAUAAUAAUACUUAAUAUUGUUAUACUGCAUAACUAUGGUUAAAUAUUAGAAGCUAUUGAAUAUUAUUUCUAAAACUAAUCUAUUAUUAUCUUAGAACACCAAUUAUUAAAUUUGCUUUAAUUGUCUCAGCAAAUAGUAAAGUAUCAGUAAAUAUUAUUUAGCACGAGUAAAUAGAAUUUAGCAUGAGUAAAUAGAAUUUAGCAUGAGUAAAGAGUAUUUAGCAUGAGUAAAUAAGUAUUUAUAUCAUAGAGAUAUUUAAUUUGUCGUUUCAUUAGUUGGUUUUCUUUCUAUAUAAAAGAUACUUUCUAUUAUCGGUAUUUUUGGAAUAUCUACAUCUGAAACAUUUAGUUAAAUAUAUAUUUAUUUAAUAGUAUAAUAUGUAUAAAAUCUUUUAUUACCAUCUUUCAUUAUUUCGUCAUCUUCUAUUCCUUCAAUCGUGCUAUUUUCUAUUGUUGAAUCGAUUUCAGCUGAAAAAUUUUGUAUAUAUAUUAAUUCUUCUACAAAAAAAAUUACACACCGACUAAAUGACAAAAUGAUAUUUGUUAUAUAUAAUAUAACUAUAUAAAGUAUAUAUAAAGCAUGUAUAAAAAUAUAUAAAACAAAAAUGAAAUUUAAACUGAUAUUAUAUUAAUAUUCAUUACAAUAAUUUUAAAGUCAUCACAUUUCAACAAGAAAUACAUGUACAAGGAUUAAACAAAAUAAUGGAAACAUUUGAAAAAGAUAUACAUUUAGGAGCAUAAGCCUUUUUGGUCAUUUUCCAUACAUAAACCCGUUCUGUUGUUAGAAACAAUAAAAAAAGAUGACUCAUCAGACCAUAUUAUUUUUUUUUGUUCGCAGAAAUUCCUACUUUAUGAUAAUUAUACCAUCUUUUUCUCACUAUAACGUUGCUACCAGUAAUUAAAAACUUAGAAAUUGUAAUCCUACCAUUGAUGUUGAAUUUAUGAAGCUCUCGACGGACUGUUUUAGUUGAAACAGGAUCUUACAGAUAUUCAUUCAGGUUCUGUUGUCACCUUUUCUGCAGUCUUGAGAUUGCAAUCCUCUUCAAUAUUCGACGAUUCUUCUCAUAUAAGAUUAAUUUCCGUCCGCUAUUCUCUUCUUAGCCGAUGAGGUCUUUACGUGAUUUUUGUAUAUGCGUCAUAACCUUAAAAACUCUUCCUCUUGAUACACCAAAUAAAAUAAAAUAGCAGUCUUCGUUGCAAAUGUUUCAAUUAAAUGUGCACGAACAAUUAAUUCUCUUUAAAAAUCCGAUAAAUUUCCCAUAUAACAACAUCUACGUACUUACGAUCCGUUCCGCACGAGAAUAAAUAAUACACUGAUCUAUUAUAGAGGUUACUACAUAGAAUAAACUAACAUGACUCAAACGAUUCUAAGAAUAAAGAGGCAACAACUUGACAAAAACAAACGAACGUUACAGACAACGGAGAAGGUUAUCAACAACGAUAACAAUAGCGAUUAUCUUUGUUUUUCUUUUUUGUAGCUAUUCUUCUCAAACUAUCGAUCGAAUAUAUCACGCACUUUUCAUUAUAUUUUUAAAUAUAAAAUAUUAGUUAUUAUGAUCGCAAUAUGUAGAUUAUCGUUUGAUUUUUUUCGAUCAUUCAAUGACUGUUGCAAUAAAUGGUGGUUGUGACAUUAAUACAAAAAAGAAUUAUUGCAGCAUUAGAAGAGUGUUUCCAUUAUUUUGUCUAAUUCCUGCAUGUAUAUGUAUAUAUAUCCACGCAUAUCAUACAUACAUACAUACAUACAUACAACACACAUAUAUAUA